CGGCUCCGAGAAGCCUCAGUCACUCCGUCACUCCGUCAGCACGGCGCGCGGCAGUCGCAUGGCUCCGGUGUAAACUUCUCUCCAGCUACAAGAACGCGUCGGACAGCGCAGGUCGAGCGGGCCGUGUGGAGACGCUCGUCUAUGACUCGGGAACCGGCGCCCUGCGGACCAACGUGUUGUUGCCCACUCGUGCAUGUUUAGACCAGAGGAGCGCUCUGGUGCCGUGUGUCGGCCGGACGACUAGUACAAACGAGUGGUAACAGCAGUGCGGAGGCAUGAUUUUGAGACGGGGCUCGGUUCUUGCUGCCUUUUUACUCUGCUUCCUCGCGAAGGUGUCAGAGGGAUCCGGACAAUUCGAGUUGCAAAUCCUGUCGAUGCACGGCGUGAAAGGGGAGCUGCUGAACGGCCUGUGCUGCGACGGCGCGCGGAGCGCGGCGGACCGAAAGUGCGCACGGAACGAGUGCGAUACGUUUUUUAAAGUUUGCCUAAAGGAAUACCAGUCGAGGGUUUCUGCUGCGGGGCCCUGCAGCUUCGGAAUGGGAUCUACGCCUGUGCUAGGAGGGAAUACCUUUACUUUCAAGAGCUCCGCGAGGAAUGACAAAUCCAGGAUAGUUUUGCCCUUCAGCUUUGCCUGGCCGAGGUCCUACACUUUGAUAGUGGAAGCUUUGGACGCUAACAAUGAAACCAGUGAUGGGACGUUGAUAGAGAAAGCCUUUCACUCCGGCAUGAUCAACCCCAGCCCGCAGUGGCAGAAGCUGACCCACAACGGCCUCGUGGCCCAGUUCGAGUACCAGAUCCGGGUCAGCUGCGACGAGCACUACUACGGCUUCGGCUGCAACAAGUUCUGCCGUCCCCGGGACGAGUUCUUUGGGCAUUACACGUGCGACUUUAAUGGAAACAAGACGUGUCUGGAGGGCUGGUCCGGACCUGACUGCAACACAGCAAUAUGCCGACAAGGCUGCAGCACUGAACACGGGUCGUGUAAGGAACCAGGUGGAUGCAAGUGUCUGUACGGCUGGCAGGGCCAGUACUGCGACAAGUGCAUCCCCCACCCUGGCUGCGUGCACGGCACCUGUGUGGAGCCCUGGCAGUGCCUGUGCGAGACCAACUGGGGCGGCCACCUCUGCGAUAAAGAUCUGAACUACUGUGGCACCCGCCAGCCUUGCCUGAACGGCGGGACGUGUAUCAACACAGGACCCGACAAGUAUCAGUGUACCUGCGCUGAGGGCUACUCCGGUGCCAACUGUGAGAGAGCGGAACAUGCCUGUCUGUCCAACCCGUGCUCCAACGGAGGGAGCUGCUCGGAGACCAGUCAAGGCUACGAAUGUCAGUGCGCGCCAGGCUGGAGCGGCCCCUCCUGCACCAUCAAUGUCGACGACUGCUCCCCGAACCCCUGCAACCACGGCGGCACCUGCCAGGAUCUAGUCAACGCUUACAAGUGUCACUGUCCUUCACAGUGGACAGGAAAGACAUGCUUAAUAGAUGCCAACGAAUGCGAUAGCAACCCGUGCGUCAACGCCAACUCCUGCCGCAACCUGAUUGGUGGAUACUUCUGCGAGUGCGUCCCCGGUUGGACGGGCCAGAACUGCGACAUCAAUAUAAACGACUGCAAGGACCAGUGCCAGAAUGGGGGAACUUGCAAGGACCUGGUGAACGGCUAUCGGUGCACGUGUCCGCCCGGCUUCGCCGGCGAACACUGCGAGCGGGACGUGGACGAGUGCGUGAGCUCGCCGUGCCUCAACGGCGGGCGCUGCCAGGACGAGGUCAACGGCUUCCAGUGCCUGUGUCUGGCUGGCUUCUCAGGAAACCUCUGUCAGCUGGAUAUUGAUUACUGCUCUCCCAACCCGUGUCACAACGGCGCGUCCUGCUUCAACCUGGCCACAGAUUACUACUGCGCUUGUCCAGAAGACUACGAGGGCAAAAACUGCUCUCACCUGAAAGACCAUUGUCGCACCACAACAUGUAAAGUGAUCGACAGCUGCACCGUCGCCGUGGCGUCUAACAGCACGCCGGGAGGCGAGCGCUACAUCUCAUCCAACGUGUGCGGACCCCACGGCCGCUGCCGCAGCCAGGCCGGCGGCCAGUUCAGCUGCGAGUGCCAGGAGGGCUUCAGGGGCACCUACUGCCACGAGAACAUCAACGACUGCGAGAGCAACCCGUGCCGCAACGGCGGCACCUGCAUCGACAAGGUCAGCGUGUACCAGUGCAUCUGCGGCGACGGCUGGGAGGGCGUCCACUGCGAGACCAACAUUGACGACUGCAGCACAAACCCUUGUCAUAAUGGAGGGACAUGUCGAGACCUGGUGACUGACUUCUUGUGUGAAUGCAAGAAUGGCUGGAAGGGAAAGACGUGCCACUCCCGCGAAAGUCAGUGCGAUGAGGCCACAUGCAACAACGGCGGCACCUGCUAUGACGAGGGUGACACAUUCCAGUGCAAGUGUUCCCCGGGAUGGGAGGGCACGACGUGCAACAUAGCCAAAAACUCGAGCUGUCUACCGAACCCAUGUGAGAAUGGAGGUACCUGCGUGGUGACCGGGGAGUCGUUCACCUGUGUCUGCAAGGAAGGCUGGGAGGGCCCCACGUGCACUCAGAAUACCAACGACUGCAGUCCCCACCCAUGCUACAACAGUGGAACCUGUGUCGAUGGGGAUAACUGGUACCGCUGCGAGUGCGCCCCAGGCUUCGCGGGGCCAGACUGUCGGAUCAAUAUUAACGAGUGCCAGUCAUCUCCGUGCGCCUUCGGCUCCACCUGCGUGGAUGAGAUCAAUGGAUAUCGCUGUUUGUGUCCAUCGGACAAGACUGGACCCCACUGUCAAGAAGUGACAAGACGAUCUUGCUCUGUCAACGGACACGUCACCCCAGAUGGAGCCAAGUGGGAUGAGGACUGCAAUACUUGCCACUGUUCCAAUGGGAAAGUUGUGUGUACAACGAUGUGGUGUGGCCCUGCCUCGUGUAAACUGGGAGCCAAAGGUCGGGGUGGAUGUCCUUCAGGUCAGAGCUGCGUCCCCAUCAGGGAGGGCCACUGCUUUGUGAAACCCUGCCCUGACUCGGGAGAGUGCUGGCGCUCCAACCCUCCCCCACCUUCCAUCAUAUGCCACCCCAGCUCCAGUUACCAGGACAACAGCUGCGCCAACAUCACCUUCACCUUCAACAAGGAGUUCCUGACUCGAGGCUUGACUGUGGAAGGAGUGUGUAAGAAGCUGAGACACUUGUACAUAGUAAAGAAUUUCUCCUUGGAGCAUUCUGUGUCCAUAACCUGUGACCCCUCAUUCUCAGCCAGCAACGAGAUCCACGUCUGCAUCUCUACGGAGGACCAUCGUCUGGACCCGAGCCCCAUUAAAGAGAUCACAGACAGGAUAACAAGUCUAGUUAGCAAACGCAACGGGAACAACACCAUCAUCUCCGCCAUCACAGAAGUGCGCGUGCCAAGCCCCAAAACCGACUACCUAGUGCCCCUCCUCACCUCCAUCUUCAUCGUCAUCUGGGUCCUUAUGCUCGUCUCCAUCUUGCUGUGGUGCAUGCGCCGCCGGCGGAAACAGAGCAACCACAACGGGACAGCGGCCGCCGGCGCCGAGGACAACACGACCAACAACGUGCGGGAGCAGCUGAACCAGAUCAAGAACCCUAUAGAGAAGCACGUGGGCCUCACGGUGGCCAUCAAAGACUACGAAAACAAGAACUCCAUCAUUGCCAAAAUAAGGACAAAUCAUCCGGAGGGGGAUGAGGACGACAAGGAGAGGCACCUACAGAAGGGCCGCUUUGCCAAACAGCCAGCAUACACACUAGUGGAAAGGGACGAGAAGACGCCCAUGUCCAAUCCCAACUCCACAUCCAAACACCCUAAUUGGACUAAUAAACAGGACAACAGAGACUUGGAGACAGCAAACAGCAUAAACAGGAUGGACUACAUUGUAUAGCAGACAGCUGUGUUGCUGAGCAACCAAGCCUUAUGCCUUCACACCCCGGUGGUGGGUGAACCAGGGGAGCGUUGGCGCGUCUAGUUGGUAAACUGUCGUGUCAGCUGUGACCCCACAGUAUUUUCUGAUAUUCCCCGUGUUAAUUUAAGUUUUGACAAGCUGGCUUACACUGGCAGUGACAGUUGCUUUAGUUGGCUGGAGACGCAAGGCACCGGUAUACAUUUCACUAUAAAACUAGUCGCAAAUGUGUCCUCUUACGCAUUUCACUUCUUCCCUGUUGUGUUUUUGUUCUCUCUUCCUUUUUUUUUUUUUUUUUAAACUUAGCCGACACAUGGGGGUUCCUGGUGUAAUAGUUGUACCUGACGUGUUCAGCACUAGAGCUAAUUAUAUUUUAGUACAUGUUUGAAUUCUUUCUAGUUCCAUUUGGAGGAAAGUGCCUUUUCAGCAAUGGACUUCAGCAACUGUCAAAAGAGGAAAAAAAAAAAGAUCAACUUUAUUAUUUAUUUUUAGUUCUGGGGGGAGGGGGGGUGGGAAGGGCGAGUGGUUCAAUGUCAGCAAUCGCUGCCAAUAUGAAGAAUUUAUGUGUUGAUUUAGAAAAUGUAGAUAUGUACAUUUUUUUUAUUAAUCGUUGUGUAUAUUUGAUUUAUUAACUUAAUAAUCAAGAGCCUUAAGAUAUCAUUCCUUUUUAUUUAUAUGUUCUGUCUAGUUUGAAGGUUUUGAUAGCGGCAGAAGCCUACCAUUUCUUUCAAUGACUGUUUUUCAAUGCAUUCUAUAAAAGCUACAUUUCAAAGAAGACAAAGAAUAGGCAUUUUGGGCCUAAAAGAAAUCUUAUGGGUUGUUUUUUUCUUUUUGGACAUUUCAUUAUUUGUUGAUUUGAAGGCAAGUGAGGUUAAGACAACAAACGAUCGCAGCUGCGGCGUCGCAUGGACAUGGUGGCAGACAUAUUGCUUGCCGCUUAUGGAAAAAUGUAUAAAUAAGGGAACAAAAAUCCUUCAGCAGCGUCAGAUUUAACGAAUUUCAAAGGCUGCCAAAAUUAAAGUCACACCCGCACAAUACGCCAGAAUUCCCAUCUGCUUAAGUCAGCAUAAUAUCAUAAGCUAGACCACUAGUACUUGAACAGUAGGGGGGCAAUGGGAACACUGUAGAAUCAGAUAAAAUACACUGCCUUGCUUUGCAAGAGUCCACAUUGUUUCUGUGCACAUUUGUUUCUGUUUUAAGAUGAGGCUCUUAAAGACAAACAUGUUUUAUCUCAUUUGUUAACCCUCUGAGAUCAUGGCAACAUUUUGUCCUAUUUUUGACUUUGUUAUGAACUUGAGAAUUGUGUUGAUCUGGCAAUAUAUUUUUGAAAGUCAUAUUUAUUAAAUAUUUUGUAUGAAAAGAGAAUUAAAGUUGUCUUUGUUCUGGA